AUGCCUCCCAAGAUCGACCCCAAUGAGAUUAAGAUCAUCCACCUGAGGGCCACAGGUGGUGAGGUCGGUGCCUCGUCUGCUCUUGCCCCCAAGAUCGGUCCUCUUGGUCUGUCCCCCAAGAAGGUUGGUGAAGAUAUUGCCAAGGCCACCGGUGACUGGAAAGGUCUCCGUGUGACGAUCAAGCUCACCGUCCAAAACCGUCAAGCCGCCGUCUCCGUUGUCCCUGCGGCCUCCUCCCUUGUCAUCAAGGCCCUCAAGGAGCCUCCCCGGGACCGCAAGAAGACCAAGAACAUCAAGCACACCAAGUCCAUCCCUCUCGAUGAGAUCAUUGAGAUUGCCCGCCAGAUGCGCUUCAAGUCUCUGGCUAAGGAGCUGAAGGGUACCGUCAAGGAGGUCUUGGGAACUGCUUUCUCCGUUGGCUGCCAGGUUGACGGCCGCAGCCCCAAGGAGAUCUCUGACGCCAUUGAGGAGGGCGAGAUUGAGAUUCCUGAGGAGUAA